UAGGCAUGUGGCUGUGCGACGACGAAGGUGACCUUGAGAAGACGGACGGUAUCGACAUCGGAGAGGGCGUGAAACCGCCCGGCUAUUACGUUCGGCGGCCGACCGGCCUCUUUCCGGCGCCCCUCCCGCAGGACUCGGCCGCCUGCGACCGCGCCGUCACCCACUUCUGGUUCCUCGGUGUCUUCCUCGCCAAGGUCCUGCAGGACAACCGUCUCGUCGACCUGCCUCUCUCACAAGCCUUCCUCAAGCUCAUCUGCCAGGGCGACAUUCAUAACAAUAUCAACGAACGAAUUGGAUUGCUACCCAUGAAGAGUCGCAACCGGUUCGGCCUAGUCGACAACAGCAACUCUGACGCCGAUCUGAUGAUGUCCUCGUUGAUAUCCGAGGGAUCUGAGAAGGAGCUGAAUUCGAUCCUCCCAAAAUAUACCCGGAAAAAACAAACCAUGGUAGUCUCACGUACAGCGGCGUGCUGA